CCAUGUUCAUAUUCUUGCUCUUUGUUUUUCUUGCAAAAAAAUACAGCAACCAAAAUCCAUCACUUGGCUUCGAAGUUCCCACUUGCAAUUCAAUUCAAAGGUGGAUCUCCAAAGACGUUGUUUGUUUGCUUUCGGUGUUUCUCCUUCAUUUCAAAGAGUAAGUAACCACGUCCUAUUUUCUACUUGUUACUUGUUAAUUACCUACCACCAGUAGUUUCGACUUCUUCAAAUAUUGACGAGCUUGACUUUAUAUUAUAUGAUUUAUUCGUCACCAUUAUUUAGCUCGGGUCAUUGCGAAUUUUUGUUAGAUUUGACCUAUGAUUUCGAAGAAACAAUAAAAUUCUACAUUGUAAUAAUUUUCUACCUUUCAUAUUUGAAGAAUACAUCAGUGAUGUAUCAUUAUAUGUUCUUUGGUAAUUCUUGAUAUUUUGUUCAUUGGGUAUUCGAAUCUCUAUAACCUACUGAUGCAUUGGCGAACCAAGCAUCGGCGCAAACUAGCGAUAAAAGUAAAUAACACAAGGUUUUAGGGGUUUUCUUCUUCCGCCGAUCUUAUUACGAGAACAAACUUAUAUAGAGUUCAUACAAUAACUUGAAAAGGAAGUAAACGAAACCUAAUCCAACAUAACUAAGGAAACCAAAGAAACAAAGUAAACAAAGUAAUAGAACAAGUCCAACUCCUACUCGACCGCAUAUUUGGGAUUGGGUCGGCGCGCCCGAUCACUCCUCCGCGGCCCGACCGAAGGGUUCACUGUCCUUGGGACCGCCACAUACGCGUCACACGCGUCACCUACAAGUUCGAUUAUCAUAUUAGGCUACCGUUUUGUAGUCUUGGAUCUCAAUGUUUGUCAAUUGUAAAGAAAAAUUACAUUAGAAAAAAGGUGUUUGGUAAGCAAGUAAGCAACAAACAACUUACGUUAAAGCUUCCACUUCGCCAGCCGAUAGCUUUGAAUGUUUGCAACAUUGCCGGUCAAGCAAAACUCAACAUACAAAUAGAGUAAUUCAUAGAGUAAGUUUUUGUAAUAGCAUGUAAUUGAAUUCAAUGAACGUAUUAUUUGUUAUUAGUGUUUUCAAUGUACUUGAGUGUACUUAAAAGUUUACAUAUAUAAUCUCGAGUGCGUUAAUAAUAUUAUACAAUCUAAAAUAUUUAUUAGUAUGAAACAUUGGGAGAACAACACACAUUCCAUGUCAAUUCACUUUUAUGUCAAGCAGGGCUCAAUGAAUUCAAACCCAAAUGAAAUGAUCCAGCAAGGAGGAUAAAUUCAUAAUAAUUACAACAUUUCUCGUUCUUGAUACACAAUCUCGUUGUAUCUUCAAUUACAAUUUGGAAGUCUAGGAUACGGUCCUUCAAUUUAUUUAGAUUUUAGAGAUGGUGAAAAAUGCCCACAAUUCGAGUAUUCCUCAAACUCAAUUCAUUAUGAGUUAAAUGAAAUUUGGGUGAUAUCAGCUUAUAUUCAUACCCAAUCAUUUAAUUUGGGUUUAAUUUAGAUCUAUUAUAAUAUUAUUUUUUCACAUGUAUAACGAAUUAUAAAGUUGGUGGCGAAUAAGAAAGAAAAGUAAUUCGGGUGGCAAACGUGAAAGAUUUGAAUAAUUUGAGUGACCAAACGUGUAAUUUAGCCGAAGCAUAUAUAUAAACCUCUCCCGCCCUACCUCUCAAUACGCGUUUCUUUCCCUCAUUCCUCGCCUCCUUUUCCUCCUUCCCUGUAGUUAGUUCUUUUCUGCGCAAUCUCAGGCGGGGAAAUGGGACUCAAGAAGGUGGUGCCACCGCCGUCCACAUUGCUGGAAGAUCUGCUGGACAAUGCCGGUGGCUGCGCGGUGAUAGACGGCGGGUUCGCCACCCAGCUCGAGACACACGGCGCUGCCAUCAACGACCCUCUCUGGAGCGCACUCUGCUUGAUCAAAAACCCCGCUCUCAUCAAAAAGGUGCAUUUGGAGUAUUUGGAGGCCGGCGCCGACAUUAUAGUCACUUCUUCUUACCAGGCGACCCUUCCUGGGUUUCUGUCGAGGGGGAUAUCCAUCGAGGAAGCAGAGUCGUUGCUGAAUAGGAGUGUCAGAUUGGCUGUGGAAGCUCGUGACGAGUUCUGGGACACUGUGAAGGGCCGUCCUGGAAAUGAAUAUAACAGGGCUCUGGUUGCAGCCUCCAUUGGGAGCUAUGGAGCUUAUCUCGCUGAUGGCUCAGAGUACAGUGGUUGGUAUGGAGAAGAUGUGGCCCUGGAAAAGCUCAAAGCUUUUCAUAGGCGCAGGCUGCAAGUUCUCGCGGAGUCAGGGCCCGAUUUGUUGGCUUUUGAGACCAUCCCCAAUAAGCUUGAAGCUCAGGCUUGUGUGGAGUUGCUUGAAGAGGAAGAAAUCACCAUUCCAUCCUGGAUUUGCUUCAGCUCGGUGGACGGCCAGAAUGCACCUUCGGGAGAGAGUUUAAAGGAUUGCCUUGACGUGAUAAACAAGAGUAGCAGAGUGCCUGCAGUUGGCAUCAAUUGCGCACCCCCACAGUUCGUCGAAAACCUCAUCUCGAAAUUUCAGGAGUGGACACACAAGUUGAUAGUGGUUUACCCGAACAGUGGUGAAGUAUGGGAUGGCAAAUCUAAAAGAUGGAUGCCAUCAGAAUGCUUUGGAGACGACAAAUUCGAACUGUGUGCUAGAAGAUGGCACAAGUUAGGAGCCAGCCUUAUCGGCGGCUGUUGCCGGACUACGCCUGUAACCGUUACGGCCAUUUCAAAGGCCCUGAAAGGAAGAUCCUCCUGACCACCAGCAACAACAUCACAGCUCUUGCCAUAUAUGAUAUAACCGUUACUUCAGACAGCAUAAUAUUCCAUU